AUGACUCCUGAAGAGUUUCGGAAGGAAAUUACGGAAUUUGUAGAUAUUUCAAGCAAACUCCACGAUUCGUGGGAAUUGAAGAUUGUAAAAAAUAAGCUCGACGAAGAAAUUCCAUAUUUGCUAAAGAGAGGUACAAAAGUAUCCUUUGGCAGUGGAAUUCUAUGUAUGGAGUUUCAUGUGACCUAUCAUCCGAGUUUUUGUGUUCCUGUCCUUGGAUUUGAUGCUUUUACCAAUGAUGGUUCUUCGCUAUCAUACGAAGAAAUUUGGAGUCUCUUGAAGAUUGAGGAGAAACCUCGAGAUCUCUUCUCUGUGCUCACUCAAAUGGAUCAUCCAGGAUUAUUUCGACCAAUUUGGACACUACAUCCCUGCAGGACAUCUGAGAUUCUCAAAGGAGUCACAGGUAAUCGUAUUAUUGCCUUCCUGAGUGCAAUUGGACCGAGUAUUGGUCUCCAAUUAGAUCUCUCUUAUGGACUCAAGCAUUCUUGA